AUGGGGAACUGUUUCGUAAUGGAGAGGAAAGUGAUAAAGAUAGUGAGAAACGAUGGUAAGGUUCUUGAAUAUAGAGAACCCAUUAAUGUUCAUCACAUCCUUACUCAAUUCUCUGGUCACUCUCUCUUUGACAACACCACCAAAACCAACACUGGUCAUCAACAUCAUCAUCUUUUGCCCCAUGUUAAGCUUCUCUCUGGUCGUCACUACUAUCUCCUCCCAACAACAACAAUAACGAACAAGAAGAAGAUCAAGAAAGUGACCUUUGCGGAUCCUGAGGUGGAAGACGCCGAAAGAUUACUAAGCGAAGAAGUAGAUCAUGAUGAUACUGGUGAAAGCAAGAGCAACAGAGAUGACAGUACGACUGUGAGUGUUGUGAGAAUGAAGAUCGUUGUGCAUAAGCAAGAGUUGGAGAAGCUGCUUCAAGGAGGGUCGGUCCAUGAGAUGGUGUACCAGAGUCUUGAGAAACAACGUUUCCUUACUGAUGAUGAUGAUGAUCUUGAUUGUAAUAGAGGUUGGAGACCUGUGUUAGGUUGCAUACCUGAAUCCGAUCAAUAG